AUGGACACUCCGGAGCACCUCCAGCGUGUCGCGAUUAAAGGCUAUGUCGACCGUGAGCUCGCUGAUUUGCGUCGGCGAGCCUCAACCUCCACGGUCGUCAAGACGUCAAAGGUUGUCAAGCUAGACGUCUCUAGCUACAGCGGGGUCGAAGCGCCUCGCUUUCAAUCGCUGGCUCUGUGA